AUGCCGCCAGAUCGACAGCCGCGUGUGCAGCGGAUUGUUCGCGUCCGCACAGGAUGCUGGUCCUGCCGACGCCGAAAGAAGAAGUGCGACGAGCUGCGACCGAUUUGCUCGGGGUGUCGGCGGAAUGACCUACGGUGUGAAUGGCCCUCGACAGUGCCGGGGAGGAGGAACUCGGGCCCGGAAAACGACUCGUCAAGCUAUAUCCCUGCGGAUAGACGGUCUAGUUUCGCUGGGUCGAUUGAAGAUCUCGAUGCGAUGCAACUACCUGCUAGUCCGCUAUCCAGACGCCACUCCUCCACUUCGUCGAGCCCGGGGCUUUCCGCUAUCAUCGAGGAGCAUCUGGCCCAGGUACCCGCCCAAGACGAGACUAUCGAUCGCCGCCGGUCAACUAUAGUGGGGGAUGAAAAUGCGCUGGUUGCCAGUAUGGCCGUUGGGAAUGUGGUGCCGCGCACUUUGUCGAUGUUACCUGGAUAUGACCCGGAGAGCUACUCCCUUCUCUCGCAUUAUUUGGCCAACACGGCCGACGUGAUGGCCAACGGCACCACUCCUAUCAACCCGUUUUUGGUCCAGAUAGUGCCACUUGCAUUCACUAGCGACCUACUUCUUCAACUGGUCAUCGCCCAGAGUGCUGCGCACCGCGCCUUUCGACGACGUGACGAUUCAGAUGCGGUCGCCAACUCCCACUAUACGAAAGCGAUCCAACUCUUCAGACAUGGCGUCAAUGAUUUCAUUGAGGGAAAAGAGUCGAAUCCGUUGAUGCUACUGGUUGGCGCGUUGUUGAUGUGCUUUACAGAGACUGCCAAAGGUGACAUGACCGGCACAGUCUUCGAUCAUCUCUCAGCCGCACACACCUUACUCGUGAAACUCCUCGAGCAAAGCGACACCGCCGUACCGAGAGAAUUGAAAGACUUCGUCAUCGAGUACUACGUCUACACCGCAACCGUGAGCAUGAUCUCAAUCGACGCGCGCUUAAGUGGGCAGCUAUUCCUAAACUUUGAUCUCGAACAACGCGCGCGCGAGGUCCUUCGCACCCAAUACGUCGGCAAUCUCUGCGGCUGCUGGCUAGAAUUACUCCUCCUCAUCCCGUGCAUCUUCGAUCUCGGCCGACAAUGGAUGAUGGACGACACCCAGCCCACCGUCCCAACCGCAGACGACAUGGCCAUGUUCGCCUCCAUCCAAGCCCAAAUCCUGCGCUGGUCGCCAUACUCCUUUGUCGAGCCUGAGGUUUACCUAGCCGGUCUAGUAUUCCAACAAGCCAUGCUCAUUUAUCUGUACACUUCGCUGGGUGGCUACACCUACACCCCGGAUGGCAUGUACAAAGGUCUCAUCCAAACAGCCGUCACAGAGGCACUAUCCUAUCUGGACGAAAUUUCACCGCAGGCCCGGAUUAAUUCUGGUCUUUGUUGGCCGAUCGCUGUUGUAGGGUCUUGCCUUGAGAAGCCUGAGCAGCAGGAGCGUCUGCGGACGCGUUUGACGGCGAUGGCGACUCAUUUUGGUCUGGGGAAUAUGCAGAGAACGCUGCUAUUGCUUGAGGCUAUGUGGGAGCUUCCUGCUAGUGAUGCUGGGCCGUGGAAUAUUUGUCGGUCAAUGCAGGCUAAGCAAAUAUGGAUCUCGUUUGCGUGA